GCAUAACCUUAAUCCACAUAACCACAUAAGUAAGUUGUGGUUUUGGUGUUCUAUAGAUCUAGGCCUCUAUCUACAUCGUUGGAUUGCAUUAUUCGAUUAAUUGUAUCCUUAAACGUAAAUUAUAAUAUUCAAUGGGAAAACAUGCAGAAUGGAGAAAAAUUGCAAAAAAAGAAAGACGAAAACGCAUCAGACAAGCCAAAGCCCAAGAAAGAGACAACAAUCUUAUCAAAGAACAAGCAGAACGAGAAAAGUCACCAACUUACCAAUCUUGGCUGUUAGAGCAAGAAGAGAGAGAGAGGUUUGAAUUAGAAGAACAAAACAGAAUUAGACAAGCACAAAAUGAGGAGUGGUGCAGAAUUGAACAGGAGGCACAGAAGCAAUGGAAAGAACUUCAGGUGAAACUACAAGCUGCCAGAGAUGAGAGAGCGAAACAGAAUGCCAAAAUAAAACUAGAAUGGGAGCAAGAACAAAAACGACUUAAAGAAUUAAAAGAACAGAAGGAAAGAGAAAUUGAAGAAAAACAAAAACUAAUAGAACAAAGAAACAAGGAAAUCGACGAGUUUCUUGAAAUAGGUGGUGACACUCCUGAACACCUUAACGUUGUGUAUGAAACUAAUCCCAGCAAAGAGCAGUGCCCAUUCUUUCAGAAAACCUCUGCUUGUCGAUUUUUCGAUGCGUGUUCUAGAAAUCAUGUUAGACCAGGUGUCAGUCGAAUUAUUGUCAUUCCCAAUUUUUAUUCACACUACAGUUUAGAAAAAACAUCAGAAAAUGAACAUGGUAGUGAUAACAAUUUAGAAUUUGAAAAUGAUGAAACCUACAAUCAUUUCAAAGAAUUUUUCUAUGAUGUUGUUCCUGAGAUGGAAAAAUGUGGCAGAAUAUUAAAUUUUCAAGUAUGCUGUAACCAUGAGGCUCACCUCAGGGGCAAUGUUUAUGUUGAAUAUAAAACCAAACAAGCAGCAUUGAAAAGUUAUAAAACUUUUAAUGGUAGAUGGUAUGCUGGAAAACAGUUAAAUGUUGAAUUCUGUUCUUUUGAUUCAUGGAAAAAGGCAAUUUGUGGAUUGUACUUUUCCAAGAGAUGCCCCAAAGGGAGUAAUUGCAACUUUUUACAUGUGUAUUACAACCCAAAGAACUUGUACAAUUUUGACAAUAAUAGUUAUAAGAAGGAAAUUAAUCAUGAACAAAGUGUUUCUGAAAGACGAAGUUGGAGAUGGUCAGAAUCCCCUGAAAAGAUUUUAACAGAACAAAGUCCCAAAAUACAUUCAAAUAGAAAAAGAAGAAGAUCAAGAUCUAAAGAACGUCGAAGACAUUCAAAUUCCAAUAGAAGAAAAAGAUCUAAGUCUAAGUCGUCUAGAAGAAGCAAGAGGAGUAGUUCUUCAAGACACAAUUCAAGAAGUCCUUAAUUAAGUUGUUAUAAAUAUUAUUGUAUAUAUGCAUAUAAAUUUGUUAUUAUAAUAUUUAUUUAUUUUUUCUAGUUUAUUGUUUUAAUAAAUACUAAUUAAAAUUCGG